AUGAUUCCCUGCCGGCUGAUCGACGAGUGGCACAAAAAGAACUUUGCCUCAAUGCCAGAAAUAUGGCGUUCGUGGCUUUACCUGUCCUGGUUUUCCAUCUAUUCGUCUGAGAUGGGACCAAGGGAUAGCCAGCAGAGGGAAAGGUCUACCUGCUUUCGACUGUCUAUAAUGUGCCUUUCAUCUGCUCAUAUCACCGCAGUAUCUGAUCGCAUUGAACAGAAUGCAGCGGUUUCACAAGCCAAUCGGCAGCUCCGCGAGGGAACCCUGCAUACUUUGACCCACAAGAUGCGGUCUCACAUGCUUGAAAAAUCAUACCCGUGUAACAGCAACACAGGUGUCUUCACAAUGGUUGAGAUUCUAGCAUCUAUGCUUGCCCUCUGCUACAGCGAGAUAUUGAUUCCGAAUUCGAAAGAGUGGGGACUUCAUCUUCAAGCUUGUAGAGUUAUAAUCGACAGACACAGUUUACAGACUGAUGCAGUCCAAAAGCAAAACGACUUCAUAAAUUUCCUCGUGAAAGAGGUUUCUGAUCUCUUAGCCUGUGGCAAUUUCUCGAUAUUUUCGCGACAUGUCGAGUAUUCCACCGCGCCAUAUCGCCCCAAUAUUUCGGAUAAUCAGUCCUGGGGCUUCCUGAACUUGAUAGACGAAAUCACAGUCACCGAAAGAUCAAGGUACGAUACCUUUGUCCAAAAUCGAAGCCCACCUUCGGUGGACAUGAACGAUUGGCACAUCAAACUUGAUGAAGCAUAUGAGAAAGCCACCAAAAUGUUGGACUGGUUACCUUCGUCCGGAAAGACUCAACGGCAGUAUUCUUUUGCCAUUGUGAAAGCGCACUACUAUGCAGUUUCAAUAUACUGCUAUCAAGCAUUGAAGCCUUCCAGAGGUUCAAACAUCAAGUCCCGGAAACCCUCUAUUGAAACUUUGCUUGAGUCAAUAAAGUGCACAGAAUGCCAGAAGGACGAAGUCAGACAGCAGCAAAUUGGAAAGUUCUUCCAAGAAUCAAUAUUUGCAAGUGGAUUCUGGUGCAAUGAUGCCGCGCGGAGGUUUCUACGCGCGUUUUGGAAAAAUUCAAGUGAAGGCGAAUCAGUGAACUGGAUCACCUUUGCCCGCAGGAAUGAACUUAAAAUCGGCUCCUUCGUGGUUUUCUAA